ACCAUGGGAGGGACAGAAUCUUACUCACAGGGAAACGAAAGUCAUAUCAGGAACAGAAAGCUCAGUGUGUGAGACAAGCCUGACAAAGACACAGAGAGGUCUCUGAAAAGCUAACAAAGGCUGACAGAUAGAAACAACUGGAUCUGCCAUCGGAGUUAUUUUUUGUGUUUCAAUAUUAAAAAAUGGUGCUUCCUGAAAAAGAGCCGAACACAACAGAAAUUAAAUCUGCAUUACCCGGAAACAGCAGAACAUCAUCGCAGAAAGGUUCCCCUGCCAGGCUGCCAAGUGCAAGUAAAUCACAACAAGGCACAGCAAGGUAUGGAACUGGAGCAGCUGAAAAUAAACCAAAUGCCAGAGGGGCCCAAAAUCUGCCAAAUACACCAGUGGCUGCACUAACUGCAGAAAGUCAAUCAGGCAAAAGCAGAGCUAGUACUAGAUCAGGAGCAGUUGGAAAACAAUCUGUGACCUCCUCACUGAGGACUGGGAAAGAUAAGCAGAUUCCAGAAACUCAUCCAAACACUUUUCCUUCUGGAAAGUCACCUGUAUCUCAUCCAUUACUCUCUGGGGAAGACAUAGACCAAGUAGAGAAGAAAACCCGUGGGCAGAGGAAUAAUUUGGAAUGGCACAACUGGCGCAAAAACCGCAUCACAGCAUCUAUGGCGCACCAGAUAUCACAUAGCAGAUUUGCAAAUCAUAAAACUGAGGAGAUUCCCCAAUCAUAUCUGAAGGCAGUUCUUGGGACAGGGUCCAGAGUACAAACAACUGCCAUGUACUGGGGCAUUCAGAAUGAGAAAAAAGCUGUUCUGGCUUAUGAGAAGUUGGCAUCAAAGAGAGAUGGGAGACAGGUGAAGGUGGAGGACUGUGGCCUGUUCAUACACCCCAUGAAGAACUGGCUGGCGGCAAGCCCAGAUGGCAUAGUGAAAGAUGGGUGCACUUGGGAGACUCUGCGCAUCUUGGAAGUAAAGUGUCCUUAUAAACACAAAGAACAUACCAUAAGUGAGGCAUGUGCUGACCCCAAAUUUUGCCUUCAAUUAAAUGGAGACUCUUAUAUGCUGCGGCAAGAUCAUGCCUAUUACACACAGGUGCAGUGCCAGCUGGCAGCUACUCAGCUAAGAAGUGCAGAUUUUGUGGUGCAUACAAAUAAGGAAACUGCAAUUGCUCCUGUGUGUUUCAGUCCUGAGUUUUGGGAAAACACUGAGAAAAAGUUAGAAUUAUUCUACACUGAAGCUGUGCUCCCUCAGUUACAAAAGCCAUGUGUCACCAGAAAAGAAGAGAAUGUAAAAGCAGUGCGAGCAGCAGAAGAGUAAAUUUAUCAAUAAUUGUUGGUAUCCAUGUGUUUCAGGAAGUCUCUCUGCAAUAGAACUGAGUGCAUUGUAGUCAAUCACUUUAUUACACUAUAUUAUGAAUUUUAUUUGACAGUGAUAGUUGUCCAAAAUACUGAUGGAAGCAUAUCUGAAAGAGAAGUAUGAUUACAACAAUUUAUUAUGAGAAGGAUCAUCGUCAGUUCUGUAACAUUUGUUAUUUUGCAUAGAAAAUAUUGAAGACAAAAUGCUACAUGAUGAUCCAUUUAGAAGUACAGUGUUACCCCAGUGUUUCUUUGGACAGCAAGGCAGCUGCUCCCAGAAUUAUUUUUUAUUUGCCUGAUCUGACUCACCCAAGAAUAUGAAGUCAUUUUGUUCUAUUCUUGAAACAGAUUGCAUAUUUAGCUAUGUGUAUCUGAUAUUUGUGGUGUUGCCAUACGUAUUGCAGUAUUUAUUUUAUUUUAAAGGCAAAAUAAAGCAACUGCUCGGAUUAUAUUCCCAUCAUAUAGCUGUGUAAUAGCACAGGACUGUUGUACCAUGGAUGCUUCUGAAGGUAUUUGCCCUGUUCUUCCAAGUUGCUUACCUGCUUAUUGCCACCUUACCUGUGCCCUGCUCAGCAGUAUUAGUUGCAAUUUGCUGCUGCUGUUCCCUGGAAGCUCAUGGCCAUGUAACAUGGGUAGAGAUGAUCUCGGGAACAACAGUCCAACUGGUGGUCCAGUCCCAGCUUAUAUAAGUGCUCCACUGAUUUCAUUGUAAUGUUGUAAUGUUAUUAUAGCCCAACAAGAAACAUUUUUUUUGUAAGUUUUUAUUUAGCACUUCAAUUUUCAAUCCCCCUUGGUUAUGAGAAGGACAGAAAAGAAAGGAGAGGAUAGAGUGAGAAGGAGAAAAAGAAGGGAAGAAGUGACCCCAAACAUUUUUAAUAUUGGACCCCAAAAAGAAGCAGGAUCUAGGGCUUUACUUAACCUGUCAUAGAUUCAAUUUUCAUUUGUUUUCUGUUUACACAUACAAUGUAUUAUUAAUAAACAUUUACAUUUUUCUGUUA